GAUUUUCAAUAAUAACGGCCACAGUGCCGUAAAUAGAGCCGUAUUGGCAGAUUUGACAGGACAUCAGGCAGCUUUAUUUGCUGUUUCUGGAACAAUGACAAAUCAAAUUGCCAUCAGAACACAUUUAGCUCAACCACCACAUUCAAUACUAUGUGAUGCAAGAUCUCAUUUACACAAUUAUGAAUUAGGCGGUGUUGCAUAUCAUUCACAAGCAACGACCAUUCCCAUCACACCAAAAAAUCAAAUUUAUCUAACAGCAAUUGAUGAUCUGCAACCAAAAAUUAUCAAGGAUGAUGUUUAUGACGUUUUUUCAACUCCUACAAAAUUAAUUUCUUUAGAGAAUACUUUGGAUGGUUUGGUAAUGCCAAUUGAAGAAAUCAUACAAAUUUCUAAACUUUCUAGAAGCACAUCCAUUAAAACGCAUUUGGAUGGUGCAAGGUUAUGGAAUGCAAGUGCUGCAACUGGUAUUCCGAUACAAGACUAUUGUAAAUAUUUUGAUUCCGUUAGUUUAUGUCUGUCCAAAGGUAUUGGUGCACCUAUUGGUUCUGUCUUAGUUGGCAAUCAAAACUUUAUCGAUAGAGCAAGACUUUUUAGAAGAUUGUUUGGUGGAGCUUGGCAUCAAUCAGGAAGUUUGGCAGCAGCAGCAAAAUAUGCAAUAAUGACCAAUUUUCCUAACGCAAUAGUACAUUCACAUGAACUAACCAAUCAAUUAGAAAAAGGAUUGAGACAUUAUGGUAUUACGAUAACUAAACCAGUACAUACAAACAUGAUAUUUAUUGAUACUAAAUCCAUCAACAUUACAAUUAAACAAUUAGCUGAGCCAUUAUUGAAAUAUGAUUAG